UCGAUAAAUGACACGUGGUUAGGCAUACCAGACAGAAGUCAGCAAAGAACACACACAUAUACUUACACUUUAGAGAGAGAGAGAGAAAUCUAGAGAGAGAAACAAUGGCUAGAAAUGAUGACAGAGAAGAUGUUCUUCUUCCUCCUCUGUUCGAGACACGAACAGCAAAACGCAGAGGUGCGUACAAAAUUUUCUGCUUCACAAUAUUUGUCGGCAUAAUCUCUGUAUGGCUGUACAGAUUCAUCCACUUCCCCUCCGCCGCCGCCGCCGCCGGAAAAUCAACCUGGCUUACGAUUUCCGCCGCCGAGGUUCUGUUCGGCCUGUACUGGAUUUUCACUCAGGCCGCUCGAUUGAAAGUCGUCUACCGCUCCCCCUUCAAACACCGACUCUCUCACAGGUACGAGGAGGAGUUGCCGCUUGUCGACGUUUUCGUCUGCACGGCGGACCCCACAUUAGAGCCACCGUUGUUAGUGAUCGACACGAUCUUAUCCGUAAUGUCGUACAAUUAUACCCCCGAGAAACUCGGUAUUUACCUCUCCGACGAUGGGUGCUCCGAACUAACGUUCUACGCGCUCGUCGAAGCCUCCGAAUUCGCCAAGCGUUGGAUUCCGUUCGUGAAGAAACACAACGUCGAGCCGCGGGCCCCACGAGUCUAUUUCUCUCGAGAAAUCGAUUCCGACGAACCGGAUUUCGUGCAUGAAUGGACUAUUGUCAAGGAUUUGUAUGAAGAUAUGAAGAGUCGAAUAGAUUCAUCGGUGGCAAAUGGUUUCAUUACGGAUGAAAUUAAAGACAAACAUAAAGGGUUCUUAGAGUGGAAUUCGAACAUCACAAAGAAUGACCAUCACUCCAUUGUUCAAAUAUUGAUAAACGGGUGGGACCCGCAAGGAAUAUUCGAUGUCGAUGGAAAUCGAUUACCGACACUCGUGUAUUUAUCUCGAGAAAAGCGACGAGGGUGGCAGCAUAAUUUUAAGGCCGGAUCCAUGAAUGCAUUGAUAAGAGUGUCGUCGGAGAUAACCAACGCGCCGAUUAUUCUGAAUCUCGACUGUGAUAUGUAUUCGAACGAUCCGGAUGCAAUACGAGACGCGUUGUGCUUCUUCUUGGAUGAGAAUCAAGGGCAGCAGAUUUCGUACGUGCAGUACCCUCAGCGAUUCAGUAAUAUAACGAAAAACGAUAUCUACGCAAACGAACCGCGCGCAACUUUUCAAAUCGAGCUGGCUGGUCUAGACGGUUUCGGUGCAACUCUGUUUAUUGGAACUGGAUGCUUUCAUCGGAGGGAAAGUUUGUCGGGAAAGAAAUUCUCGUACGAAGAUCGUAAAAUCGAAUCGAAUAGUGUUAAAGAAACGAAGAAGAUUAGAUCAGUUGAAGAAUUGGAGUUAGCUUCAAAGACUUUGGCGAAUUGUAGCUACGAAAAGGAUACUCUUUGGGGAAAAGAGAUGGGAUUGGUGUACGGAUAUCCGGUCGAAGACAUUGUAACGGGAUUAACGAUUCAAUGCAGAGGAUGGAAGCCCGUUUAUUACAAUCCGACCAAACACGCGUUUUUGGGCAUUGCUCCAACAACCUUGGACGUAGCUCUUGUCCAAUUCAAGAGAUGGUCCGAAGGGCUUUUUCAGAUUUUCUUUUCCGAGCAUUGCCCCUUUAUCCACGGCUUCGGAAAGAUAAAAUUAGGGGCACAAAUGGGAUAUUGUAUUUACCUUCUGUGGGCCCCGUUUUCGUUGCCUAUUUUGGCGUAUGUUUUCGUUCCGGCUCUUUGUUUACUACAUGAUGUGCCCUUGUUCCCUAAGGUGUCUAGCUUGUGGUUCGUACCGUUUGCGUACGUUUUCGGAGCAAGAACAGCUUGCAGCUUAAUCGAAGAUCUAAUAUCCGGCAGCACGGUCAAAGGAUGGUGGAACUUACAAAGAAUGUGGCUAAUUAGGCGAACGACGUCUUACUUCUUCGCUUUGAUAGAUACGAUAUACAAAAAAUUAGGCCUCUCCGAGACAUCAUUCGUACUAACCGGAAAAGUGGCUGACGAAGAUUUAAGGACAAGGUACGAGGAUGAAAUAAUCGAGUUCGGAAGCUCGUCGGUUAUGUAUGUGAUUAUUGCAACUAUUGCAAUUGUCAAUUUAUUGAGUUUGGUGUACGGGGUUUUCAAGAAUGUCGCCUUUUUCGGGUUUGAUGGAUUAAUCGGAGUUUUUACGGGACAAAUGAUUGUUUGUGGGAUUAUCGUUUCGUUGAAUUUGCCGGUUUAUGAAGCCCUUUUGUUGAGAAGGGAUAAGGGGAGUAUACCUUCCUCUGUUUUGGUCAAGUCUCUUGUAAUAACUUCAUUAGCAUGUCUCAUUCCUAUGUUUUUAACAAUGGCAAUGGAUUCAUUUGCUGCUGCUCCACUCUUUGAAACCAAGAAAGCAAAGGGGAGUUCAAUCUACAAGCUCUUUUCAGCUUCACUAUCUGUUGGAAUUGUUUCCAUUUUAAUUUACAGAGCAACUCAAAUCCCCGAAAAUCGAAGAAUCGUGUGGAUUGGCAUGUUCGGAGCCGAACUAUGGUUCGCCUUCUACUGGUUCCUCACCCAAUCUCACAGACUGAACCGGGUUUAUCGCCGAACCUUCAAGGACCGCCUCUCUCAAAGGUACGAGGAUGAUUUGCCAGGUGUGGACGUAUUCGUCUGCACGGCCGAUCCUGUAAUAGAGCCGCCGAUGAUGGUGAUCAACACCGUCCUGUCGGUGAUGGCGUAUUCUUACCCGCCGGAGAAACUGGCUGUGUACCUCUCCGACGACGGCGGCUCCGAAAUUACGUUCUACGCCCUUCUGGAGGCAUCCCGUUUCGCUAAGCAUUGGAUACCCUAUUGCAAGAAGUUUAACAUCGAGCCUCGCUCGCCGGACGCGUAUUUUAGCUCCUCAGAAUAUUCCGAAUUGGAAGCAUCUCAGGCUAAACAUAUGGCUUCUAUCAAGAAACUGUACCAAGAAAUGGAGAAUAGGAUUGAACUUGCAAAGAAACUUAAGAGGGUCUCCAAAGAUGCACUUUUGCAGCAUCGAGGAUUUUCGAGUUGGGAUUCUUUUGUGUCUCCAAAAGAUCACGACACCGUAAUGCAAAUACUGAUUGAUGGAAGAGAUCCAGAAGCUAAGGAUAUCGAAGGGUGUAGAUUGCCGACUUUGGUGUAUUUGGCUCGUGAGAAACGGCCUCAGCAUUUUCACAACUUCAAAGCAGGAGCUAUGAAUGCAUUGAUAAGAGUGUCGUCGGAGAUCAGCAAUGGGGCGGUGAUUCUAAAUGUGGAUUGUGAUAUGUAUUCCAACAAUUCGCAGUCGAUUCGAGACGCACUCUGCUUCUUCUUGGAUGAAGAGAAGGGCAACGAGAUAGCUUUCGUUCAAUUCCCUCAGAAUUUUCAUAACCUUACUAAGAACGAACUAUACGGAGGAUCCAUGCGAGUAGUCAGUAAUGUCGAAUUUCAUGGUUUGGACGGUUAUGGAGGCCCGAUGUAUAUCGGAACGGGCUGUUUUCAUAGAAGGGACACUCUAUGUGGAAGAAAGUUCACUAAAGAAUCCACUUUCGAGUGGAAACAAAAUACUAUUUCCACUACCGCAGAAACUACCGUCGAAUUGGAAGAAAGAAUCAAGCAACUAGCAAGUUCCACAUUCGAGAAAAACACUCAAUGGGGCAACGAGACGGGUUUGAAAUACGGGUGCCCCGUUGAAGACGUGAUAACGGGACUAACAAUCCAAUGCCGAGGGUGGAAAUCCGUUUACUACAAUCCCGAGAGAAAGGGAUUCUUGGGUGUAAACGGGACCACCCUCGAUCAAACACUAGUAAUGCACAAGAGAUGGUCCGAAGGAGACCUGCAAAUUUUCCUAUCGAAAUACGGCCCAUUUUCGAAUGGACUCGGGAAGAUUAAUAUCGGUCUCGUAAUGGGAUAUUGUGUGUAUUGCUUAUGGUCAAUCAAUUGCUUUGCAACGUUGUACUACUCCAUUGUGCCUUCCGUUUAUCUACUCAAAGGAGUGCCCUUAUUUCCACAGGUCUCGAGCAUGUGGCUGAUUCCAUUUACCUACGUAAUUUUCGCGGAGCAUGCGUAUAGUUUUGCGGAAUAUCUCUUUUCGGGAGGAACAGUUCUCGGGUGGUGGAAUGAGCAAAGAAUGUGGCUCUACAAAAGAACGACCUCGUAUCUAUUUGCAUUUAUCGACACGUUGUCGACUUAUUUAGGUUACUCAAAUUCGGGAUUCGUAAUAUCUGCCAAAGUCUCGAACGAGGAUGUGAUGGAGAGGUACGAGCAAGAGAGGAUGGAAUUUGGAGCCGACAUUUCUUCGCCGAUGUUUGCUGUGUUGACUUUUUUGGCGAUGGUCAAUCUUUUUUGCUUGAUUGGAGUUUCUGUGAGAGUGAUUUGGAGAGGGGGAUUCGAACUCGUUUUUCGGAAUAUGGGUUUGCAGGUUCUUUUAUGCGGGGUUUUGGUUUUGAUCAAUUUGCCUUUGUACGAUGCUGCGUUUUUUAGAAGGGAUAAAGGGAAGUUGAAUGGUUCGGUUACGAUUAAAUCGGUUUUCUUGGCUCUUUCUUUGUGUACUUUGUAUUUUUUGGUGUAGAAUUUUCAUGUGGAGUUGAAGAAAAUGGAUUUGUUUGUGUGUUUAUGUAAGGUGAAAUUGUUCUUGGAUUAGUUUUGUACCUUGUGUGUGUGUGUGUGUGUGUGUGUGUGUUUUUCUUGAAAUAAGCAGUUUUAAAUGGUAAUUACACAUUUAAACUCAGCUGUAUCGUCAUCUAAUCAAUGCUAUUUUAAGUUCCGUUUAUCUCGAAUGAAAACGAACGAAACAAUUGUCAACGAAAAACAACACAGAAUAGUAGUUAUUGCCGAGGGAGCCUUCACGGAAGAAAAAAAUUCCUAGCGAUAACAUGUAGAUACGCGUAAAUAUAUAUGAAUCUAUACAUGCAUGUAUGAUUGAAUAUAAAUCGAGUGAAAUUCACAAGGUGUAGUAUGAAUCAAAUCAGAAGAUCGUCUCGAUCAAAAUGCAGUAGACGAUAAAUACGUUUCACCCGAAAAAUAUAAAUCGGUAAAAGAUGGUGAUUAAUAGGAGGGGCACAAAUGCUUUACAUACAAAUCACACAAGAUAGCGAAAAGCAACAAUAGUAAACCUGGCUUAUUCUUGACCCACAAAAACAAA